GGGAAAAAAAUGUUUCUGAACAAACUUUUUUCAAUGCUCUGUUUUAUCUUCAUCCUUAGUUUCGGUUUUGUCUCUGCACAAAAAUGUGGAGAGUCAAUGUUUUUCAGACCAAAUGGUACUUAUGACACUAACCGUCGUCUCGUUCUCUCAACUCUAGCUUCCAACGUCAGUUCUCAAAACAACCGCUUCUACAACGUCUCAGUCGGUGAAGGAGCUUGGAGGAUCUAUGCUUUAGGCCUCUGUAUCCCAGGGACUGAUCCAAAGGUCUGUGCCGACUGUAUCCAACUCGCAUCAGAAGGUUUAUUACAAAACUGUCCGAACCAGACCGACUCAUUCGACUGGAGAGGCAACAAGACGCUCUGUUUCGUUCGUUACUCCAACAGCUCGUUUUUCAACAAGAUGGAUCUAGAGCCGACAGUAACAGUUUUCAGUACUAAAAAGUUUCAAGGUAACUUUAAAACUUACAACAGAACAUGGGACGCGCUCAUGAACUUUAUGAUCACCCGAGUCGGUCAAUCUCAAUACCUUGCCGAAAUAUCCCCUCGAAUAGGUUUUGAUCGUAUAUACACUCUGAUGCAGUGUAUUCCGGGGCUAUCCUCUAACGACUGUGAAACCUGUAUUACAGUAAGUGUCCGUAAUUACCAGAGAUGCUGCAAUGGCUUCGUAGGUGGAGUCGUUCGCAAGCCUGUCUGCUUUUUCCGGUGGGAUGGUUAUGAAUAUCUUGGUGCCUUUGGUAACACGCAAUCAUUACCUCCUCAAGAAUCUCAACCCCCGCCGCUUCCUCCUCCUGGAGAUGGCAAAAAAAAUUCUACAGGAGUUAUUGUGGCUAUCGUUGUUUCCGCUGUUAUCUUCGCGGUGCUGCUCGCUUUAGGAUUAGUUAUUUGGAAGAGAAGAAAAUCAUACCAAACACUGAAACCUCAAACUGAUGAUGACAUGAUAAGUCCACAGUCUCUGCAAUUUGAUUUUGCAACAAUUGAAGCGGCAACCGACAAUUUUUCGAGGAACAACAAGCUAGGUCAAGGCGGAUUCGGUGAAGUUUACAAGGGAAUGUUACCAAAUGAAACAGAAAUUGCGGUAAAGCGGCUAUCAAGAAAUUCAGGACAAGGCACACAAGAGUUCAAGAACGAGGUUGUGAUUGUUGCUAAACUUCAACACAAGAAUCUUGUUAGGCUUCUUGGGUUUUGCUUAGAAAGAGAUGAACAGAUACUUGUCUACGAGUUUGUUCCCAACAAGAGCCUUGAUUAUUUCCUCUUUGAUCCAACAAAGAAGACUCAGCUAAAUUGGAAAAGACGGUACAACAUCAUAGGAGGGAUUACGCGAGGGCUUCUAUAUCUUCAUCAAGACUCAAGACUCACCAUCAUACACCGUGACAUCAAAGCAAGUAACAUUCUUUUAGAUGCCGAUAUGAACCCUAAAAUAGCGGAUUUCGGAAUGGCAAGGAAUUUUAGAGUGGACCAAACUGAAGACAAUACAGGAAGAGUUGUUGGAACAUUCGGUUACAUGCCUCCAGAGUAUGUGACACAUGGCCAAUUCUCUACCAAAUCUGAUGUUUAUAGCUUUGGAGUAUUGAUUCUUGAGAUUAUUUGUGGCAAGAAGAACAGCAGCUUCUACCAAUUGGAUGAAUCUGGUGGCAAUUUGGUGACACAUGUUUGGAGGCUUUGGAACAAUGAUUCACCCUUGGAUCUCAUCGAUCCUGCGAUUAAGGAAAGCUACGAUAAUGUUGAAGUCAUUAGAUGUAUCCAUAUCGGAAUUUUAUGUGUUCAAGAAACUCCGGCAGAUCGUCCAGCCAUGUCUACAAUCUUUCAAAUGCUUACCAAUAACUCCAUUACUCUACCUGUGCCUCGACCGCCUGGAUUUUUCUUCAGAAACAGAUCCAAUUUAGACCCUUUAACCUAUGGAUCCGAGUCGGGACAAUCCAGCAGCCAAUCUGUUCCUUUUUCUAUAGAUAGUGCGUCAAUCACGCGAGACACUCCUCGGUAAAAUGAUUGCUUUUGCAAUAGUCCUUAGCAUUUUCCUUGUAACGCAAGCAACUCCAAUUUUCAAAUUCUAUGUGUAAAGAAGUUAAUAGACACAUGAUCCUAUUUAUUUUGUAUGUAAUGUGGGUACAUAUAAAACCAAAUUAAACU